CCAAAUCGAGAAUCGAAUUUCAGUUAAACCGCUACAAAAUCGUGAACGUGUGGCAAGCACCAGAAGAAGCGUACCGACCAUUUCCCCGUUUCCCUCUCUCCCACACACGCCCCCCCACACACAAAACACUCUGACGAAAGAGGAGGAGGAGGAGGAGGGAGAGCGCACGCCCACUUGAAGCCCCCCGGCGACCUUCUCUCGGACAUGGCCUCCAUCCCCAGAUCUCGCGGCGGAUCCGGCGGCAAGAUGCUCCGCCCCCGGCGGUUCCGCCGUCCCGGCACUCCCUACGACCGCCCCGCCCCCGCCCCCGCCCCCGACCCCGACUCCCCCCCUCCAAACCCUAAUUGGCUCUCCAAGCUCAUCCUCUCCCCCACUCGCCUCAUCGCCUCCGGCGCCGGCAAAGUUCUCUUCUCCGUCUUCGGCCCCGCCUCUUCCUCUUCCUCUUCCUCCUCUUCUUCUUCCUCCGGCGAUGCCUCCGGUUCUGAUGAUGGUACUGAUUCUAACGACAAUGACCUUGGUGCCUCUUCACUUGGGGUAGUCGGAUUGCAUAAGGAGAAUCUGUCAUCAGAAAUGAUAGAACCAGGGAAGGAGGCCCCGAUUAAUGCGGGAAAGAUUGGAGCAAAGUACCUAAUUGAGAAGUUAAUUUUGCAGGAGAAUUUUUCUCGGGAAGAACAUGACAGAUUAACUAGCAUCAUCAAAUCUAGAGUUGUGGAAGCUCCCAUCAGCUUAGAUGGAGAGGGUGGGUGGAUGAGUGAAGUUCAUGACGGAGCAAACCAUGGAGAUGUAGACAUGCCUCAUCUAUGCAGUACAGCUGUCGUGGAAGCAAAGAAAUGGUUGCAGGAGAGGAAAUUGGGAUCAAAUUUAGAGUUGGAUCUGGAUAAUGCAACCCCCAUUGUAAACACCAGUUGGUCACCACAUGUUAGUGUUAUUGAAGGUGAAACUGGCUCACCGGUGGAUGUAGCCAAGUCAUAUAUGAGUGCACGUCCUCCAUGGGCCUCUCCAUGCUUAAAUACUGCUGGGCAAAGAUGUGCCUCACCAGUGAGGAUGCCGUUUUCCAAGGAAGAUACACUGUUUUCAAUUGGUGGAAAUUCCUCAUCCCCAUCAAAGGUUCAGCUGAAAAGGGAUUCACCUAUCAGUGGAUCGUGGAACAUUUCCGAGGAAAUAAGGAAGGUGCGAUCAAAGGCAACAGAAGAAUUGCUAAGGGCUUCAUCUUCCAAAAAAGUUGGCUCUGGAACCAUUCUGAGGGGAUCAUCCAUGGCUAAAAUCGAUUGGUCUGGAGCUGGACAAGAAAGUAGUCGUAGCUCAUUUAUGGACAGUAACCUAGCAGCUGUCCAGGGAGAGAGAAUGCCUGGCUCUGCAUUAUUGGUAGAUGCAUCUUCGGACCUGCCUGACCCACAAGCUGCGUGUCAGCCAUCAGGAACAGCACAAGAUGAUCUGCAAGAGAGAGUGUCACCUUCUCCACCUGUUUUGACUUCUGAACAGAUUAAGGAUUUGGAAGGAGAUCUGGUCACGACUGAAGGAAAAGGAGGUUUGCAGGAUGGCUCAAGAAAUACUGAGACUGUUCUACAUAGUGGUGCUGGUUGUACUGGUGUUCGUGAUGGUCCUGAGGACGUCAAUGGAUUUAGUCAGCAAGAUGGUGGUUCAAUGAGGACGAGUAUACCUGAAGGGGCUCAAACUGGAGGUUCAUUUGAUGCUAAUGGUUUCCCUGCUUCUGGAGCGAGGUUGUCAACUGGGUUGGAACCAGAACAUGAAAAUCAUAGGUCAUACGAUGAGGAGAUCAAACCUGUUGGGUCAAGCAUUCCUCCCUCUCCCCAUGCGGAGGAGACGUGUGAGCUCCUCAGCGAAACUUCUAUUGAGGUCCCAAAUGUAAACGAGAGUUGCGAGAUUGAUGGUGUUGCCACUGGCUCCCAAAACAAUGCUAACAUGCAGAAUGAAGAAUUCUCUCAGGACCUUACUCAACCACAUGAAAAAUACAGUGGCACAGGUAAGAGACGCAUUGUGAGCGAGAAACAAGAAGGGAGAAAGCAACCCAGAUACAGCAGGAAGGGCAGAGGACGGGGAAAACAAAAUUAAGUCGUGAACUUGUUUUUAGCUUUCUGUUGUUGUAACUUAGAUUAAGGGCAGUGAAUGGUAGGAUAGGAUAUAAUACCGGGCAGCAUGCCCUGUGAGCAGAUCUUUGUGAUCUUUUUCUCUUUGUAUCCCGUAUUUUGUCCCUGUUGGGGCUCUCCAAAUUGGUCUGUUUCUUUUUCACUGCCAGUUCAGUAGGGAAGAAAUGUUUCCACUUCGUAAAUUUUAUAGAAGAGGCGUUGGAAAAUGUU